AUGCCUCUUUUUUUAGCAGCUGCCAAAUCAUUCACCACGGCUGCCACGCUUUUUGCGAGCCCUGGUAAGAAGAUCAACUCAACAUCACCGACCAAUAGCAGUUCCCCGUUUCAUUUUGUUCUAGAUGGCGAUAUUCAGACGCUCUCCGCCCAAAACGCCCCCGAAGAUGGUCCUAUCAAAGGAUUGCUUUUUGUUCCCAGCCUCAGCAGCCAUGAUCCGUGCGACAACGCAACUGCCCCGUUUAUUCCGGCUAAUGUGACUCGCCAUCAUGAUGUAACUCCAUUUACAAACCAAACUACCGGCAUUGCGCCGUGGAUAACGCCCAAUUGCAGUCAGUCAUUUCUAGAAGCCUCGAGGCGUGUUGGCGCCGAAGCUCUAGUAUUCUUUCUACCGGAAAGUGAUGACACUAAACCACCCCCACCAGCCGAUACGACAUGGUUGUUAAGUGGCAGCUCAUCCUGGGAGAGUGAGAACAUGUACCCUGUUUAUGCGAUACCGGGUCCGGCAGGUCUCGUUCUCAUGGAGCAGCUGUCGUGGUUCUCAAAUAACCGGACGCUUCCUCAAGAUCAAAUCAAUCGGACUGAGGCGCUUUCUCAGAAUGAGACUUGGAAUCUGCGCCUGUUCAGUGUCAUUGACCUGGGUGAGUUGAGCUUUAUGGACCAAUUUGCGCGGGCCGUGACUGACCUCGGUUUCACAGAGGAACGUGGAGGGAAAGCGCCGAGUAUUUGGGGGUUUCUGCUGGCCAUUCUUGGUACUAUCAUAGUUCUCUGCAUGAUACUUCUUCUACUUUAUCAACUCCUGCAGAGACGACGCCGGGAAGAUCUCCAGCGGCAGCUUGAAGCUGGCACGACGGACCAUCAAUAUGACCUUCAGCAUUUUAGAGUCCCGCGAGACAUUCUCGCUAGGCUUCCGGUUUAUAUCUACCCUGGUCCAGGUGAUCCUGAUAAAGAGGGCGCAGGUUUCGACUCUGGCCAAAAUAAUUUUCAAGACAGAAUCGACAGUGUCCGAGAUGCCAAAACAGACCCGGCAAAGGUAGAAAAGGAACCGGAGGCAGAGAGCGAAGCACAAAUAACGAAAUACACCAGUCCCAUCAGGGUAUUAGGUACUCUUGAUACGGAGCAAAACCUCAAAACAAACGCAAGACACGAGAAAUUUCCGCCGCGACCAUGUCCAUAUGAGCCUUCAUCGCCAACGACCAAGGACGAAACCGAAUAUGACCACUCAAAGCACGCGAAGCGACUGAGCCGCUCCCAAACAACAUGCGCCAUCUGCCUCGAUGAUUUUAUUCCAUCUUCGUCGACUGUCCGCGAGUUGCCGUGUGGCCAUAUCUACCACCCCGAGUGCAUUGAUAUAUCUCUGACGCACACCAGCAGUCUUUGUCCGCUAUGCAAGAAAAGUGUGUUGGCACCGGAGUUUUUCCCCAUAUCUACCCCUGGCGUUGUAGAUGGGCGAGAUGGCAUGACGGAAUUGUAG